AAAUGCGUAUAUAGCCGAGCCCUUCCCCUAGGCCCUCCUAGCUAUAGCUAUUUCACCGCUUCGCUCCAUCCAUCCGUUCCGUUUAGUUUGCUCCAAGCGCAAGCGCAAGCGGCGGAGAGGAAGCCAUAGCCACCUCCCACCACGCCUUGGCCUUUCCAUUACCUACGCCUUCCCUUCCCUUCCCUUCCCUUCGCGCGCUACUUGGAAUUGGAUUAGCCAUAGCCAUGGACGCCACGCUGCUCCGCUCCGCCGAUGCCGCCGUCGCCGUCCGCUCCACCACCACUGCGCCUCCGCCUCGCCCUCGCCUCCACCGCCCCAGUACCCUCCCCCUCCCGUCCUCCUGCGCCUGCGGGCCCCUCCGCGCCUACGCCGCUCCCGCUGCCCCCGCGCCCGCCGCGCACAACAACGGAGUCUACACAGUUGGUGACUUCAUGACCAAAAGGCCUAAUCUCCAUGUCGUUACACCUGCAACCUCGGUUGAUGAAGCUCUCGAGACGCUGGUGCAACACAAGAUCUCUGGUUUCCCUGUUGUUGAUGACACCGGAAAGUUGGUGGGUGUUGUCUCAGAUUAUGAUCUGUUAGCACUUGACUCAAUAUCAGGAAGUGGACUGACUGGCACAAACACAAGCAUGUUUCCUGAGGUGGAUAGUACUUGGAAGACAUUUCGCGAGAUACAGAGACUCUUGAGCAAAACCAAUGGCAAAGUCAUCGCUGAUGUGAUGACUUAUUCGCCUCUUGCGGUUCGUGAAAGUACCAACCUUGAUGCUGCUACAAGGUUGCUACUUGAAACCAAAUAUCGCAGAUUGCCUGUUGUUGAUAGCACUGGUAAAUUGGUUGGGAUGAUCACAAGGGGGACUGUUGUCAGAGCUGCCCUCAAAAUAAAGAAGACAGCUGAAGAAACUGCUUAAAUUAGACAGUGUAGAUGAUUCUUUAUAAGUCAUUUCUGGGACUGCAGUCACUUGGAAAUUUAGUCCACUGAAACAUUAUUUGGUGAAAUGAACUACAUCAGCCUUACAGAUACUGCGAAUUCGACAGUCAAUUCUUCUUGGAACAUAGAUGGAUAUAGGUAUUGUAUUGUUGCAGAUAUUUGGAAUAUAGCCGCAAUCUGUUUGGGGCCACCAGAUUUGGUCGCCUCUCCUUAUUAGGUAGCAUAACAUGGAGAAUGUUAUUAUUUUUAUUUUUACUUUUAUCAUUGACUUGUAUUCAAGAACAUCAGUGUAUUGAAAUGUAACACUUCUGAUAUGAUGAUACCUUCCGCAUCUGGGUUGAAGUGAAAAUAUUUUCCAAUGUUUAGAUUA